UACUACCAUUUUAAGUAAUAUUUAUAAUGUCAUUCUAAUUAUUCCAAAUAUAGAGCUUAGUUUUAACAAUGAUAUCGUGCUUCCCAUGACAGAGGCUUUCAUGGGAAAACACGGCGGCCUAAAAACUCUCGAUACUAGAAGCCGCCACCCACAUAAGCUGAACAAACAGGACCGUAACAAUCAAAAUGGUGACCAGUAAAGUGGUGUGCUUGGUAGCCCUCGCUUUAUUCGGAAGUGCGGUGGCUCAGCCAGCGAAACAAGAAUUCUGGAAAGGAACACCCAUGGACGGCAUGGUAGAGGAGAUGAGGUCUGGCUGCGUAGAAGGAUCUGACCCUGCCGCCUGCAUUAAAUACAAGGUCAUGUCGUUACUGGACACCAUUUUCAAGAAGGAUACUUUCCAGAUCUCUGAAGCUGUAGAAGUGACUAAAAAUGGAGCCGCCAACGAGGUUACUGGCCGUUCUACUGGCGAUUUCUUCGACAGCAUCGAGAAUUUCAUCCAGUCCCACGACGUCUCUUUCCAGCUUCCUCUAGCUGAUACUAAAGUCACUGUGAGCCCCAGAAACCUCGACCAGGACGAGCUGAGCCUAAACAUUAAAUUCAACAAAGAUGGUGCUCGUUCCGUCGGAGAGGCUCGUAAAGCUAAGCUCAAGAAGAUCAUUGUGCCUAUUCUUGUAUUCGUGCUCCUGAAGGCAAUGACCCUCAUCCCUCUGGCCAUCGGUGUCCUUGGAUUGAAGGCCUGGAACGCUCUGCAGCUGUCCUUCUUCUCCUUCGUGGUAUCCGUCGCUCUGGCCAUCUUCCAACUUUGCAAGAAGUUUACCCAGAUUGCGGCCGACAACUCCCACCCCCAGAUCGCUGCUCAUGGCCCAUGGGACGCUGCCUUCGCCGCCACUCGUCGCAGGAGAGACGCCGAACCUCAGGAAUUCGGUCAAGAUCUUGCUCAAGAACUCGCUUACAACGCAUACCAAUAAAACCCAAGCACGCCCUCAACGACCUUGAACCCGAACCGAUCAAAAUGACUUAAAUUCUAAAUUCAUAUUCUGAAUUUAGAAUCGCAGUCAGAUAAUCGGAAACAGACCAAAAACUAUUAGUUUCAUAUCGAAACUAUUACCGUGUAAAUACUAUGUAGUUAUGUACCUAAUGCAACUUAUUUAUUAAAAUAAACGAGCAAGUGAGACUGUGUGAUUGUGACGUGUGAAUGAUGUUAUUUAUUUUAUGUUAUUAAUAAAUUCAUUGAUUGAA